UCUACAAUAAGGUUGUUCUAUGCUAGAGAAUUUUUUAACGAAUUCGUUUUCAAAAAAUUGAUUUUUUUCGUUUCUUGGAAAUUUUAAAAUUGGUUUGCGAUUAGGUAGCUGGCAACGAAAUUUUCAAAUUUAAUAUCUUCCCGAGUAUACCUACAGAAAUCGAUCGUAUUUUACGGAAAAUGAAGAUGAAUUUCGCAAUACUGUUUUCUCUCAUGAUUACGAUUUUUGGCCUACCCCGUGCAUUUGCUGCUGGCGGUUCAUCGCAAGAAGAUUCAAACGAGGAACCAUCAGCACCAGUAGCGUUUGAUUUGGAUGCAGCAAAAGUGCUACUAAAUGGAAUGCUGGACUAUUUUAAUGGCCUUGGAGCAUUGAAAGGAGAUUACCAAACACUUAAAAACGGAAUCACUAACGCGGGCAAUGCAGACAGUGUAAUAGCAGCUGGUAAAGAAAUACUCAAUGCCAAGGGUAGUCAAGGAAAUCUUGUAGAGAAGGCAGAAAAGGAUGUGAAUGUCGCUAGAACAAUGAUAGAAAAAAUUGACACUUACAAGCAAGCUUUUUGGAAAUUGUUGGAUGAUGCCGGUCUCGACGGUAGCCGAGUACCUUUAGCAACAAGAUUGAUUGCGAUAAGAAAAAAAUGUACGGAAUCCUUGCCUGAAUAUUAAAUGUAUUCUUCAACCCCGAUGGAUUCUACACAGAGAUCGAUAAUAUGAAGGUGUAUGUGCAGACCGAAUGAUUCUACAACGUUUGUGAGUUAAUUUUAAGUUAACCAAAAAAAAAGUCUAAAAAUAAAAAAAAAAUUAUGGUACCUAAUAUUUUAAGCUGCGAAUAUGUAAGUAUUUCACGCUUCGGCGAAUUUGUU